AUGGUUUACAACUGGACCGCUUACACUGAUUAUGGCCAUUUCGAGUAUGAUCCUCAAGAUAUCGAUUAUGAGUUCCAUUUGGUUACUUUUGUGACAUACCACGGUAGAAUAAUUAACAGCUAUUUUUGGAUUGCAGCAAUUGUUUUGAAUCUUUUUCAUAUUCUCAUACUAAUUCAAAAGCAAAUGCGCUCCAGUGCAAUUUUCAUUUAUAUGCUCGCAGUUGCUAUAUCCGAUGUUAUCAGUUUCAUUCUUUCAUUCCUUUUCAAAGAAGGGGAUAACUCACAUGUCGAAAUAAUGCCAAUAAUUCAAGAGUUCAAUGAUGAUUUUUGGUGUUUUGAAGAUCCAUGGAAGCCUAUAAACUUUUUACUUCAAAUGGUUUAUUCAGGAUUCGGUAUCUGCAAAAAAGUCUCCAUUCUAUUGGCAAUUAUCAUGGCAGUUAUCCGAACGUUGUCUAUUUUAUUUCCAAUGAGCAAUAAAAUACAGAAUAUGGCUCAGCAUAGGAUGACCUUCUUUGUCAUUUUUCUAGUAGUUUUAGUUUCUUUCCUACUUGAAACUAAAGUCAUCUUGUGGAAUGCUAGAAUAUUUCGCAUCAAAGAUAUUCUUGGAAAUUACUGUCCUGAUCCACCCAAGGAAGAUCUGGAGAAGUAUGUUCUUGUGAUUCCACAAAAGAUACUACUAUGGACGACAAUUACUUCUGCAAUGAUCGAAAUAUCUCUAAAACUCCUCCCUGCUGCAAUUUAUCCUGUCCUCACAAUUUUUCUCAUUCGAGAGCUAAAAGCAAUCAAAAAUCGGAGAGCAGACAUGAGAAGUCAGCAAAAUCAAAAUACGAAUAAUACAACUUCUCUUAUCACUUUCAUGACAAUCGUUUUUAUGAUCACCGAAAUGUGGGCGGGGAUUAUUUCGGUUCUUUGGAUUUUGAAUAACAUUUGGCCGGAAAUUUUCAAUGCUUUUCUCUCAAUGACAUAUAUUUCAAACCAAGGAGCUACAUUGACAAGAUCAAUAAACUCCAUAUCUCAUCCAAUCGUUUGUAUUCUGAUGUCAACACAGUAUCGAGAUACAUUCAGAGAUGUUUUCUACGGUAAUGCAAUCAGCAAGAAAGCGAUCAAGCUCAUGAAACUGGAUUCCGGGGUAUCUAGCAAAACAGCUUCAGAAGUUUCUCAGCAUCCUUCAACCUUUAAUAGUUGA